AUUGUUUCUAUUUAAAUAAGGGAAGCAACGUUUUGAUUGUCUAAAUGUUCCGUUUUAAUUGAAAUUCAGGUAUAAUAUGAUGCAAUUUGAAAAUCCUGCACCUGCAACAUACUCGUCCGCCACUAACGGAAUGUCUUCCACUAGUGCAUUCUCAACUCAUCAACCAACGCCUUUUUAUAUAGACAAUAUUCUUGGACCCACACCACCUUCUACAAACGAAGAAUCCGGUUCUAUGACACCACAAAAUAAUGUAUGCGAACCAGAUCACGCGAUGUCAACUAUUAACUCUGCAUCACCAAACAAUGGAAUCAAUUCUUUGAUGAACAAUCAAGGCGAUCUAAUGGCAUCACAUGUUCCAUGUAUUCCAGAACACGUGUCUAUAAACGAUGGACAUACAUUAAUACAUAACAUGCAACCGACAACUUCCACCUACGUUUCCAGUCCUAUCAGAAAAGAACAGCCGUUGGGUAACAACUACAUUCCUUCCUUGUCUCCAUCAAUAGACCAGCAUUGCGAUUCGCCAGGACGGUUAUCAGCCAUUAAUCGACCUCUUAUACCUACACCCAUUCAAGCAGUUCAACCUCAUCACCCAGCUGGUAUUUACCCAAACACCUAUCCUAGAACUUCUAGGAUUUAUGAAGGACAUACUGGUAUCCAUCAAUCGCCAUACACAUCAACGUCAAUUCAAUACAGCAAUGGUAGCUAUGGUGGACCACCAGGGCCCGUACAUUCUGCCGCGCCAGGGCCACUUUAUUCAUACCAACGACAUGAUUAUCCGAACUGGUUUUUCGAUCGCCAGCCAUUUAAUAAAGUUAGUCGUCCUAUGAUAUGGGGAUCAUUUGUACAUCGCACCAUGCACAAACGAAAAGGUGGACAAGUUAGAUUUUCAAACGACCAAACAGCUGAACUGGAGAAGAAGUUUGAUGGACAAAAGUAUUUAUCUCCCCCCGAACGAAAAAAGCUGGCGAAGACACUUCAGCUAUCAGAGCGUCAGGUAAAAACAUGGUUUCAAAAUCGGCGGGCAAAAUGGCGUCGACUAAAACAAGAUGGUCACGAGGAAGAGAAGGACGCGGAAGAAAAAACAGCAAACAAGUCAAAAAGUGAUGGUGGUUUUGGAGAAGAAAAUGACAAUACUUGCGAAAAAGACGAAUAUGACGAACCCGAUAAAGAGAGUAAAAGUGUCGAUAAUGAACAAAACAAUAUUCCAAAUGAAACUACUGUAAAUGGAUUACCAGAGACAGAAAAUAAGGAUAAAAUAAACAAUAGUGAUUUGAAUGAUUACAGGUUAGAAUCAAAGAAUGGCUUCGAAUCUGACCCAACCCUACAAAUAAGUAACUUUCACGCACCAGAUGCCACAAACUCAACAAGAUCUUUUAAUUCAACUACAAUCUCCAAUACAUUUCAUCGAGGUUCCACCAUAGAUCAAGUGUCAUCAAAUUAUUAUCCUGUGCAGAGUCACCAUUAUCAUAACCAAACCUCGACUUACCAUUCACAUCAAGAAUACGCGCCCUCGAUCGUGACACCUCAGCUCCCUCAGCCACUCCCUCCUCAACACCAAUCACACCCGUAUGAAACUUAUGGUUCAGUGCAGCAACAAACCAGCCCGCAUAUGAGUCUUCCUGCUUCAUCUCGUGUAUCGUUUGCUAUCAGUUUGCCGUACCAACCACCUUCUCAGUAACUCUUUAUAUCGACACCGAACGAACAGGAAUUCGUAACACCAAGAAUUUCAUCAAAAACUUUUCCCAGUUCUUGGUUGAACGACCAAGAAACUAUUUACACGGGAAACACUACAUAUAAGCAGUAAAACAUUACGGACAUUUCUUUUGGUGUAUCAAUUGCAUUUUUGUGAUACUUAAAAAACACCUUAUCGAAUCAAUGUAACUACCUGCUUACCACCAUGAAAGUUAUGUGUACAAACAAUAUGACGAAUCUAGAUAGUAUAACACCGUAAGUAAAAUACAUUGGGAGUCUGUAUCAAAUUAGUAUCAUAUAUACCUGUUUUAUAAAAUGCAAAUACUUCUGCACAAAUAGGUCAUUUAUUUACUAUUCAAUGAGUGCUGUAUUUCCGAGACACCGGAAUGGUGCUGAAUUUGUUCAAGUUGUGCGGAAAUUAUUCUCUUUUAGAACGUUUGUGACAAGUAUAAAUAAAUCACAAGAAAGUAAA